AUGGCUAGUCUGUUCUUGAUCGUAGUAUCAAUUUUACUAAGAAGCGUUGAAUCAAGAUUUGUCGUGGAAAAAAGCAGUGUUAGUAUUCUUUCUCCAUACUAUUUGAGCUCAAAACAUGAUGCUGCUAUUGGUAACUUUGGGGUGCCUGAUUAUGGAGGAUCAAUGGUGGGCACUAUUGUUUAUCCUCAAAAGGGCUCUAUUGGCUGCUCUCCCUUCGAUGGUGAUAAACCCUUCAAGUCCAAGUCCCCUCGUCCUACUAUUCUUCUUCUUGAUCGUGGAGAAUGCUACUUUGCUUUGAAGGUGUGGAAUGGGCAGCAGGCAGGUGCUGCAGCAGUUUUAGUGGCUGAUAGCAUAGAUGAGCCUCUUAUCACCAUGGAUUCUCCAGAGGAGAGCUCUGAUGCUGAUGGGUACAUAGAGAAGAUUGGAAUCCCAUCAGCUUUGAUUGACCGGUCCUUUGGUGAGACAUUGAAAAGUGCCUUAAAGAAAGGCGAUGAAGUCGUUAUUAAAAUAGAUUGGACAGAGUCAGUGCCCCAUCCAGAUCAAAGGGUAGAAUAUGAAUUAUGGACCAACAGUAAUGAUGAAUGUGGAAUUCGCUGUGAUGAGCAGAUGAAUUUUAUAAAGAACUUCAAGGGACAUGCUCAAAUUCUAGAGAAAGGUGGUUACACACUGUUCACGCCGCACUAUAUAACUUGGUACUGUCCUCAGGCUUUUAUUCUCAGCAAUCAAUGCAAAUCUCAGUGUAUAAACCAUGGGAGAUACUGUGCGCCCGAUCCAGAGCAGGACUUUGGAGAGGGGUAUCAAGGAAAGGAUGUGGUGUUUGAGAAUUUAAGACAGCUUUGUGUGCAUCGAGUUGCAAAUGAAAGUGGUCGCUCGUGGGUUUGGUGGGAUUAUGUAACAGAUUUCCAUAUCAGAUGUUCAAUGAAGAAAAAAAAAUAUAGCAAAGAAUGUGCACAGGGGGUCAUGAAAUCACUCAAUUUACCAAUUGAGAAAAUAGAGAAGUGCAUGGGUGAGCCUGAAGCUGAUACAGAAAAUGAAGUCUUGAAAAUUGAGCAAGAAGUUCAGGUUGGUCGAGGAUCACGUGGUGAUGUUACCAUCUUGCCUACAUUGGUCAUAAAUGAUGUUCAGUACAGAGGAAAAUUGGAGAGGUCCGCUGUAUUGAAGGCCAUAUGCGCUGGGUUUAAGGAAACAACUGAUCCUCCAAUUUGCCUGAGUGGAGAUCUUGAGACCAAUGAAUGUCUUGAAAGUAAUGGUGGUUGUUGGAAGGAUCCAAAAUCUAAUAUAACUGCUUGCAAGGACACAUUUAGGGGAAGAGUUUGCCAGUGCCCAUUGGUGAAUGGCGUUCAAUACGCCGGAGAUGGAUAUACAUCAUGUCAAGGUGUUGGACCAGGAAGGUGUAUGAUACACAAUGGAGGUUGCUGGUCAGAAACUAGAGAUGGAAAAAGAUUUUCAGCCUGCUCAGAAUCUAACCUAUCAGGAUGCCAAUGUCCAUUUGGUUUUGAGGGGGAUGGUCAUAAAUGUGAAGAUGUUGAUGAAUGCAAAAAAGGUGUUGCCUGUCAAUGUGAUGGAUGCAGUUGUAAGAACACGUGGGGUGGAUUCAAUUGCAAGUGUAAAGGAGAUAAACUGUACAUAAUGGAGCAUGACAUGUGUAUUGAAAGGAAUAGUUGGAAAUUUGGGCGGUUCCUUACCUUCCUGGUCCUAGCCGUUGCAGUGGGUGCUGGUGUUGCUGGUUACAUAUUCUACAAAUAUAGACUUCGGUCUUAUAUGGACUCGGAGAUAAUGGCAAUCAUGUCACAGUAUAUGCCACUUGACAGCCACCAAAAUCAGGUUGUCCAUCACCAAGAAGCUGAGCCUCUACGACAAAGUUCAUCAUCCGUUUAA